AUGAGUCCUCCAGCAGCCCUUGAUGUUAACCUAGUAGGGGUUACCGAUACCUCGACUGUCCCUGUUCCCGAUCCCCUGGCAGUCAAUGGCGUAUCUGCAUGGAGGGCGAAGACGGCCAAUAUUCCCACUGGUAUAGCCGCGGCCUCCAGCAGUGAUAUGUUUAAGAGCCCGGCCUGCUAUACCAAACCCAAGGCCAAGUCCUUCGAUCAUCGAUUCUCUCUUGAAGCCAAGUCUCGCAAGCCGUCUACUUUGAAGGACGCCGCUCGCUUCCUCAAGAACCCAGGUCUCAUCUCUCUCGGCGGUGGAUUGCCAUCUGCUGAGUACUUCCCCUUCGAGCAUCUCGAUAUCAAGGUCCCCACUGCCCCAGGAUUCUCUCCCGAGGAAACCAAGAAGUCUGGCACUGUCCUGCGCGCUGGAAAGCAUGAUAUCCAAGAAGGAAAAAGCACCUACGGUACGUUCCAAUAUUCACUCUCUGAAAUGGACACGACUGAUGUUCUCCAAGACCUGGAGAUUGCGCUCAAUUACGGACAAGCUACCGGAGCUGCGCCACUGCUGCGUUUCGUUACUGAGCACACCGAGAUUAUUCACAGCCCACCCUACUCCAACUGGCAAUGCACUUUGACCGCAGGCAGCACGUAUGCGUGGGAUACUGCCCUCCGUCUGCUUUGCGAGCGUGGUGACUACAUCAUCACGGAGGAGUAUACAUUCGCCAGUGCAGUCGAGACCGCAACACCACUAGGCGUGAAGGCUGUCGGCAUCGCAAUGGACGAGCAAGGUCUCCUCCCCGAGGCAAUGGACGAAGUCCUCAGCAACUGGGACGUCAAAGCCCGGGGUGCCCGCAAGCCAUACGUCCUGUACACAAUUCCCACCGGCCAGAACCCCACUGGCGCCACCCAGUCCGCAGAGCGCCGCCGCGCUGUGUACAAGAUCGCUCAGAAGCACGAUGUCAUCAUCGUCGAAGAUGAGCCCUACUACUUCCUGCAGAUGCAGCCGUACGUUGGAGAGGACGCCAAGCCCGUUCCUCCACCCGCCAACCAUGAGGAAUUCAUCAAGUCUCUUGUCCCGUCAUUCCUGAGCCUGGACGUUGACGGCCGUGUCGUCCGCCUGGAGUCCUUCUCCAAGGUUAUCUCGCCUGGUUCACGAGUCGGCUGGAUCGUCGCCUCAGAGCAGAUCAUCGAGCGCUUCAUUCGGAACUUCGAGACCUCUUCGCAAAACCCAAGUGGUAUUGCCCAGAUCGCGCUAUUCAAGCUCCUAGAUGAGCAUUGGGGUCAUGCCGGGUACCUUGAUUGGUUGAUCAACCUACGCAUGUCGUACACUGCUCGUCGUGACUCGCUCGUUCACGCCUGUGAAAAGCACCUGCCUCGCGAAAUCGCUCACUGGGAGGCUCCUGCCGCAGGCAUGUUCCAUUGGAUCGAAAUCGACUGGCACAAGCACCCCGGCGUUGCCGAGGGCAAGACCCACAGCCAGAUUGAAGAAGCUAUCUUCCUGUCAGCCGUGGACUCGGGUGUUCUUCUCUCCCGCGGCAGCUGGUUCAAGCCCGACCGCGACACCGUCGAGAAGAAGAUGUUCUUCCGUGCUACCUUCGCGGCUGCUUCCUCCGAAAAGAUCGACGAGGCGAUCUCGCGCUUCGCUGGAUCCUUGCGCGCUCAAUUUGGUGUGUAG